GAGUCAGCUGACGCAAGCGAAUACAAUCGGAAGUCGUAGCGCCGUCAAUCGUGUUUCUGAGACACCGAUAACGCUUUAACCGGCGUUACGGAGUUAUUUCAGGGAUAUUAUACGGUGUCUAGAGGCAUCACCACCUAACGGCAAAUACAAUUUCAACGGAGUUUUCGAGGGCGGCAUCAUGUUCAGUUCCAUAUUUGGCCGGAAACGGGCUCCUGCAGGGCAACCAGCAACAGUCCAGGAGAGCCAGCAGGGUGACUUUGUUGUCUUUGAAAGCACAGGUGUCUACGAACCACUACCAGCUGCAGAGAAUCCUCUUGUGAAUAUGGAAACUCAGCGGUCUCCGCCUCCUACAAGCCAGCCACAUGGCAUUGAUGGUGUGCCCUUUCAACUCAACACCAGCCUGGCUCAGUCUGGUACCACCACUGGUGAUGUGGACGCGCUUCUUCGCAGGUUGCGUGCCAUGGGUGACCUGUCCUGGACUGAAUACGACUACAGUGUUGAGAGGCGCAUACUGCAUGACUAUGCGUAGUGGUUGAUUCUGUAUGCAUACUGCCACCAUGCAUGUCGACCGCCAAACAAGGUCUUUGUGCAUUUGUGAUGUGUGAAAAUCACGGUUUUAUUGAAUAGUUGCAAAUACAUGACCUGCGAUAAGGUCAAUAGUGGAUACGUGUGGCAGAAUGAAAGGAGGUUUCUUCCGCUUGCAAACACAUGCUGCCUUGUGUGCACAACUUGGAUGGUGCAAGUGCAUCAGGCAAACAACUGCUGGCACAAAAUACUUGCUUGCCCUUGGAAUGUCUGGCACACAUUGUCUCUAAUGUAGAUGACAUGUGUGAGGAACUACAGCCAGAGGCUUUAUUCACUCCUGCGGUGUCACGGUUUUGUGACAGAAGCUGACUAUGGAUAUUACUUAAUGCAAUUGUCACUAGUGCGGGCCAUAUAUGGUGCUUAUACAGUGUUUGCGCACAUUUGUGCACAUGACACAUCUAAGCGCGCUCUCUGUACGUAAUUAUCUAAUGCAUGUCUACUUAUGCAUGUAUACUGUAUGAUACUGUCUUAUUGAUGUAAUCAAUGAUAUAGAAAUAACUGCAGUAUUGUAAUUAGUGGAAAUAUGUUCGAUAGCGAUGAAAGAAAGAUAGCUGGCCACUUCUCUGCAUGCAUUAUGGAUAAUUAGCUGACAUCGCAUAAGGUUGUUGUAGUGAUGAAGUAGGUGUAACUAGACCAGAUGUCUAUAGAAAAUUAAAAUAAAUUGUAAUUGUUUAUUGUUAACAACAAAGUGACCAAUUGUCUGUAGUAAAGGCACAAGGCUUGUUUUGACGUAGCUGCCAGAAUGAAAUCUGUGUUCACGCCUGUUAUUCUGUGUUUAAAUAAAGAAUGUCAAUUUUCGUAAA